AUUCUUUUUUUCUUCCUUGCCUCCUCUAUUCAAUAUGGCAAGCCUCUCAGCUUGUCUGGUUUAUGCCUUAACCUUUUUCGUUCUAAUCAAUGUUGUGCUAGCUGAGUACGAGCCAUAUACACCCAGCUACAAGGAAACUCCCUACAAGAAACCUAUUGUGGAGGUUACAGCCGAAUAUCUUCCUAAAGUUUACCCAUCAUCACCUCCACCUGCUUAUGUUGCUCCCGUUGUUUACCCGUCCCCAUCACCACCUCCUCCAGCUUACGUUGCUCCAAAACUUUACCCAUCGCCAUCACCACCAGCUUACGUGGUUCCUGUUGUUUACCCAUCACCAUCACCACCACCACCAACUUAUGUCACUCCCAUUCUUUACCCAUCUCCAUCACCACCACCACCAGCUUACGUGGUUCCAGUAGUUUACCCAUCUUCAUCACCACCACCACCUGCUUAUGUCGCUCCCGUAGUCUACCCAUCUCCAUCACCACCACCAUCUGCUUACAUCGCUCCCGUAAUGUACCCAUCUCCGUCACCACCACCUCCAGCUUACGUUGCUCCUGUAGUGUACCCGUCGCCAUCGCCGUCACCACCUGCUUACGUCGCUCCCGUUGUUUACCCAUCUCCAUCACCACCACCACCAGCUUAUGUUGCUCCCGUAAUGUAUCCAUCGUCGUCACCACCACCACCAGCUUAUGUCGCUCCUGUCGUUUACCCAUCGUCAUCACCACCACCACCAGCUUACGUCGCUCCUGAAGUAUACCAAUCACCAUCGCCAUCACCACUUGCUUACGUAGCUCCUAAAUAUGUAUACUCAUCACCACCACCACCUGCUUAUGUCGCUCCUAAAUACCCAUCAUCUGAGUAUUAUCCAAAAUACGUUUACCCACCACCACCAUCGGUUUAUGUUGCACCUAAAUACCCAUCACCAAAGUAUACUCCUAAGUAUGUCUAUGCAUCUCCACCACCAGCAUCUUACGUAGCUCCUAAAUAUGUCUACUCAUCACCACCACCACCUGCUUACGUUGCUCCUAAAUACCCAUCAUCUGAGUAUUAUCCAAAAUAUGUCCACCCACCACCACCAUCGGUUUACAUCGCUCCCAAGUACGAAGCGCCAAAGUAUACUCCCAAGUACGUCUACGCAUCUCAACCACCACCAGCUUACGUCGCUCCCAAGUACGAAGCACCAAAGUACACUCCCAAGUAUGUCUACGCAUCCCCACCACCACCAGCUUACGUCGCACCCAAGUACGAAGCUCCAAAGUACACUCCCAAGUACGUCUAUGCAUCCCCUCCUCCGCCAGCUUACGCGCCACCCAAGUACGAAGCUCCAAAGUACACUCCCAAGUACGUCUACGCCUCCCCUCCUCCGCCAGCUUACGUCGCUCCCAAGUACGAAGCACCAAAGUACAUUCCUAAGUACGUCUACGCAUCCCCACCACCACCAGCUUACGUCGCUCCCAAGUACGAAGAACCAAAAUACACUCCUAAGUACGUAUACGCAUCCCCACCACCACCAGCUUACGUCGCUCCCAAGUACGAAGCACCAAAGUACACUCCCAAGUAUGUCUACGCAUCCCCACCACCACCAGCUUACGUCGCUCCCAAAUACGAAGCACCAAAGUACGCUCCCAAGUACGUCCAUGCAUCCCCACCACCACCAGUUUACGUCGCUCCCAAGUACGAAGCACCAAAGUACGCUCCCAAGUACGUCUACGCAUCCCCACCUCCACCAGCUUACGUCGCUCCCAAGUACGAAGCACCAAAGUACACUCCCAAGUACGUCUACGCAUCCCCACCACCACCAGCUUACGUCGCUCCCAAGUACGAAGCACCAAAUUACGCUCCCAAGUACAUCUACGCAUCCCCACCACCACCAGCUUACGUCGCACCCAAGUACGAAGCUCCAAAGUACACUCCCAAGUACGUCUAUGCAUCCCCUCCUCCGCCAGCUUACGCCGCACCCAAGUACGAAGCUCCAAAGUACACUCCCAAGUACGUCUACGCCUCCCCUCCUCCGCCAGCUUACGUCGCUCCCAAGUACGAAGCACCAAAGUACAUUCCUAAGUACGUCUACGCAUCCCCACCACCACCAGCUUACGUCGCUCCCAAGUACGAAGAACCAAAAUACACUCCUAAGUACGUAUACGCAUCCCCACCACCACCAGUUUACGUCGCACCCAAGUACGAAGCACCAAAGUACACUCCCAAGUACGUCUAUGCAUCUCCACCACCACCAGCUUACGUCGCACCCAAGUACGAAGCACCGAAGUACACUCCCAAGUACGUCUACGCAUCUCCACCACCACCAGCUUACGUCGCACCCAAGUACGAAGCACCGAAGUACACUCCCAAGUACGUCUACGCAUCCCCUCCUCCGCCAUCUUACGUCGCUCCCAAGUACGAAGCACCAAAGUACACUCCCAAGUACGUUUACGCAUCCCCACCUCCGCCAGCUUACGUCGCUCCCAAGUACGAAGCGUCAAAGUACACUCCCAAGUACGUCUACGCAUCCCCACCGUCCCCAGCUUACGUCGCUCCCAAGUACGAAGCACCAAAGUACACUCCCAAGUACGUCUACGCUUCCCCAUCACCACCAGCUUACGUGGCUCCCAAGUACGAAGCACCAAAGUACACUCCCAAUUACGUCUACGCAUCCCCACCACCACCAGUUUACGUCUCUCCCAAGUACGAAGCAUCAAACUAUACUCCUAAAUACGUCUACGCAUCCCCACCAUCACCAGCUUACGCUGCUCCCAAAUACGAAUCACCAAAGUAUACUCCUAAAUCACCAGCUUACGUGACUCCUUAUUACUAAAAAUCAUAGUGCUUAUUUAAAUGAUGCUUCUACUAUCCCACUAAAAACACCAGUUUCCUAGCUCACUAUACUCGUUCAGAUUACAUCGUUUUUAACGCAUGUACCUGGCAUCCCCAUGUUCACCAAACUGUUAUUUGAUUUUAUUGUGAGUUUUAUAUAUGUUCAUUUCUGCGGAAAAUAUGCUUACGGUUUAGCAGUAUUGAUGUAAUACAAAUCCAAUGUAUUAGCAAUAUGGAUGUAAUACAAAUCCA